AGUUUACAUCAUUACAUUACAUACAAUUGUAUGAUUUCAUUGAUUUCGGUCGGUUCCUGUUGUGCAUCCGACUUCCAAGUGACCGUUUGAAUUUUUAAUUUAUUCUAUUUAUGUGACAUUUGUGCGAGUUUUUUUUACAUGUUGAUCGUGUAUUUUUUCUAGUACGUAGUUUAAUUGAGCGUAUUAUACAUUUUAUGUGAUUGUGUUUGAGUGAAUCAAGAAACCUUUAUGCCAUCGUUUCCUGUUUGAUAAAAUCAAAUGAUAAAUUCUCCAGAUGUAAACAACAUGGUUAAAUUAGAACGGAAUUUAUGAAAAUGCCGACCAGAUGUCUGGUGGCUGGAUUGAAAUCAUGAGCCGGAGCCAUGGGGUACUUUGGUAGAACAAUUGGCAAAUAUCUUGACGCUGUGCUGACGAUCAAAUCGAUGUUAUGACAUCGUCACUGGGAGGAAGUAUCAGACGUUGCAGAGGAUUAACGGAUAUCGUUCCGCAGUACGAUGACAGCCAGAGUGAUAAGUCUCAAAUUAGCAGCGGGUCUGGCGAAUCCGAUCAUAAAAAUGGAUCUGGUAGCAUCAAGAUACAACACUUGACGGGGUCGUGCGCUCUUGGACGGUCCCGGUUUCCCAAGUUGGAAGAAUGCGCUCACUUUCACUACGAGCAUGUGGAGUUGGGCUCGUUACAGAUCUCGUUAUACGAAGAAGAAGACUUGAAAUCUUUAUCUAGUCUAGAAUAUAACGAAAAUUCGGAAAACAAAUGGCUGACGGUGAAAGUGUCCUCGCAAGGGCAAAGCUGGCUGCUGCGAAGAACGUACGAAAAUUUUCGUAUGCUAGAUCAACAGCUUCAUCAGUGCAUUUACGAUAGGAAAUUCAGCUCGUUGCCGGAAUUACCUCCUUUGGAAAAUUUACCCGAUAAAGAAAAUCCUCAGGCGUAUAUUAAAAAUCAUCUGAGUAAAUACUGCGAACGAUUUUCAGAAAUUGCCGGUAGUCUAAUCAAUUGUGGUCCGGUGCUGAGCUGGUUGCAAUUAGAUAAUCGAGGUAGACGGAUAUUGGUCACCGAUGGUGACAAUUGUCCGAUUAAUACUCCGGCUGUUGCAGCUGCCUAUGCUGUGAAAAAAUACCAAGCUGUGGCCGCUGAUGAAAUAUCAUUCGACAUCGGAGAUAUGAUAUCUGUGAUUGAUAUGCCGCCUCCUGAAGACAGCAUUUGGUGGCGAGGAAAACGUGGCUUUAUGGUAGGAUUUUUUCCUUCUCAAUGCGUGGCUGUUAUUACCGAUAAAGUUCCUCGUAAUUUACAACUUAAUCAACCUUCAACCAUAAUCGAACCUUCCAAACCAGUGCUCAGGAAACACGGCAAGUUGAUAGCAUUUUUUCGGGCAUUUAUCCUGUCCAGACCUUCGAAAAGGCACUUGAAACAAUCGGGUAUCUUGAAAGAGCGUGUUUUUGGUUGCGAUUUGGGCGAGCAUUUGUUGAACAGCGGACGAGAUGUACCGAUGGUGUUGAAAUGUUGUUCGGAUUUUAUCGAAAGGUACGGAAUCGUCGAUGGGAUUUAUAGGCUUUCAGGAGCUACGUCUAAUAUUCAAAAAUUAAGGACUACUUUCGAUGAAGAUCGAAUACCAACAUUAUACAACGACGAUUCUAUUUUACAAGAUAUCCACAGCGUAGCGUCUUUGUUGAAAAUGUAUUUUAGAGAAUUACCUAAUCCAUUGUGUACUUACCAGCUGUAUAAACAUUUCGUCAACGCUGUUCAGAACGCCGAUCCAGCCGAAAGAGUAGCCUCGAUGCGAGAAGUAGUACAAAAAUUACCUCCCCCUCAUUUCAGAACUUUGGAAUUUUUGAUGAGACAUUUAUCUAAAGUAGCCGAGCACGGUACCAGAACAGGAAUGACUGCGAGAAAUAUCGCCAUUGUGUGGGCUCCGAAUUUAUUGCGAUGCAAAGAAUUGGAAUUCGGUGGCGUCGCAGCCCUUCAAGGUGUUGGUGUUCAAGCUGUCGUUACUGAGUUCUUAAUCUCGAAUGUUGACUUGGUGUUUUGUAACGAUCAUAUUUCGUUUCAUGGAACUGCGAAACGAAUACGUCCCAAAUCACUGUCACUGGGAACGCCUACAAAAUUAUUAUCACUGGAAGAAGCUCAAAGUAAAAGAUUAGGAUUAGAGCAUUCGCACGAAAAUUAUAUUGAAGUUGGAGGUGGACCGUCGUGUUUGCCGAAAAUUUACCAUACCGUUAUCGAGCUACCUACACGUAAAAGAAUACCCUUGAAAAGAUCACCGAUGGGUUGGAAAUCGUUUUUUUCGCGAAGUAGCGGCGGUACUAGUCUGAGAAAAAGUUCUUCUACGAAUUCCGGCAAAAGAAAAACCUCCAUUCCGAACGAAAUCACCUAUAAAAUGACGGAUUCGCUUAAGAAGAAAGACACUGAAGCUAAAACUCGCCUAAGAACUGUUAAAAGUGCAGAAUCAUUGACUUCCGGUGUAGGUAAUGGGUCAUCAGUACGUAAUUCAAUGUGUUUGGAAUAUUUAUCACCGCCAUCUCCAAAACAUUGCGGUACGUCUGGUCACAGCAGGUCUGUGUCCCAUGAUUCGUAUUUCGAUCAUCUAUCUGAGAAUACUCCAAUGCAUUCGACGUUACGUGACGACGAUAAAGGGUUGAGUGAUCUUCAAGUGAAUUUUGAUUUAGACGAAUCAGAAAUGAAAAUAUUUUCCGAAGAAUCGUCUCAAUUGUUUAGCAACACUUCGAGCUCGGAGCAGUUGCAGCCUAACAUGAAGAAAGUUCCGAUUUUGGCUAGUGCUGAAAACACCAUCAUCGUUGAUCCAUCGCCCAAAAAGCAUAAAACCAGUUGCGACAAUAGCUCGUGCAGUUCGGCUACUCUAUCUGAUGAUAUGACGGCUGUAUCGAAUAAACGUUCACGUCUCGAAGAACGUUUAUUCGACGAAGACCUGGCUUAUAUCGAUAGUCAAUGCACGGAUCGCUUGGUGGUUGAAGUAGACGUGCAUCAUCGCGAAACAUCACAAAUCUCUUCACCGAUGACCGAUACAGCAUAUUCGGAGAAUGAAAAUGGUUGUACUGUAUCCGAUACAACGAUCACUAAUAUCAAUGUUCCUUAUACACCGUUGUCGGAAUGCAGUUGUACGACCAGUUCGAAUUUCGAAUUUAGUUAUCAGCGGUUGUCGUCGUCUAUGUCGUCGUCGCAGUUGCCGCGCAGCUCGACCGAUAGCAUGAAAACGAACGAUGGGAAAAAAUACGAAAAUAUACCAGGAAACAGACUGAGUUACCAAGGUGAACUACGCACCGGUGUUCCGAUUAAGAAUAAUAGGUUAAGCUUGCAAACGUUGACUCCAGGAGUGGAGGGUGAUCAUUUCGAUUCGACUAAAACCACCGCCGUCGGCCAGAACGAAAUAAAGUCCACCGAUAAAGCGUUCAAUAAAAACGUUUGCGAAUCUAAAAUGUAUAGAAACUCCUGUGAUUCAAAUUAUUCCAAAGAUGUGUUCAACGAUCAGGUGAACGGUACGUUGCACGAGGAUGACGAAUGGAAAUCAGACAAAUGCGAUGAGAAUCAAGCUGAUUGCCACUCGUACGAAAACGUACAAAAGCCCAAACUAGUUUUAGACGAUAGAGAAAUGUUUAGCGAUUCUAAGAAUAUAGAAGCGUGUAACGAUUCCCCUUACGAACUGGUCACAAUGGUCGGUAAUCGUAUGACAUCCGUUUCGUCGAACGAUAUCAUCGUGCCGAGAGAUAACAACGUUAUGACUGAUUCGAAUUACGAAGAAAUUCAGCCGGUGUGUACAGCUCGUUGUCUCAAUAACGUCGAUCAUCAUUCCGAAGAUGAUAACUAUGAAAAAAUGUCAUCUUCGGCGUACUCAGAAAACGAUCUGUAUAGUUACGAAGGAAGUGUCAGAGAUAAAACGAAAUCCAAUUACGAAGAAAUUUCCAUCCUCGGUGAUGAUCUGGCCAGCAUGCGAGAUCUGUCGUCUUCGAACGAGUCUUUGGAGAGCUCCGCCGACGAAGCAAUGGUGGAAAACAAUUUAUACGAAUCAUUGGUGGCUGAUGAUUCUAGUCCUGAUCAAGCUGCCAAGAAAUUCUCAGUCGCCAAAGAGACCGAAAUCGUCGCUGAUAAUAAAGAAAACCAGAAUGUAAAUGAUUACAAGAAUUUCGUCAUGAUUGUGGAAUCCCCGGAAAAAGAAAACACUCAGGAAACGAUCUCAAAUGACGAACAUCCCCUAUUGAUAUCGGAAAAUCCCUCUCCAUACAGUGAUUCGGAGCCUUUAUUCGACAAGUCAGAGCCUUUAAACGACGAACAAAAUUCCGAACAAAUUUCUUCCAAAGAAAACGAUCUCGAUAAAAAUGAUAUCCCCAUGAAAAACGAUAACCUGGAAACAAAUAGCAUCAGACCAAAUACUCUAAUUAUACCAAAUGAAAAUGAUAACUCGGAGUCAACCAAAGAGCCAGAUUCGAACGAGAAUUUUCCCAACAACGAAAACACGCCUGAAGAAAUCAAAAGUAAUAAAAAUGGCGAGAUUGAAAUGAAGAAUAAUUUAUCCUCCGGGUGCACGAAGAGCGUUCAAGAUCUCGUAUCAAGAUUCGAAUGGUCUGCCGAAAAUGAUUUUUUAAACGGACGCAAAGACGUAACGCAGAGAAAUAAAAGUUUGUCUCCGGAUUAUCACGAAGAUAAGUAUCCUUCUUCUAGAAAAGAGUAUUUCUCAUUACCUCCCGUUCUCGUGAAACGAAAACCAUCUGGUGAUUCUUCGAGCACCAUGCAACCGUCGGACGAGAAAGACGAUCAAACGGUCAGAGAUCGCAUCGAGAAGUAUAAAGAAGAACGACGAUUAGCUUUAAGACAGAAGUAUCAAGUAGACGGUGAUAUAAACGAUCAAAAAGAUGAGGAGAUGAUACGUAGAAUUAAGCAUAAAAUCCAAAAAAAUGACAGAAAUAGUCACGAUUUUGAUUCUAGUCCUAGCGAUGAUGCCAGCAGCAUAAACAGCGAAUUAGUCGCCAAAGAUAAACCGGCAGCUGUUACUACUAUAAGUAUUCUUUAUACGUCGCGUAGAAAACGAGACUCCGUCGAUGUUGAUAAACUAGAAAAAAGCAACUCAGAUACCAAAGAUUUAAAUAACGAUGGGUCUCCGAAACGUACAGAAGAUGUUUCUUUGAGAUGCAAACUCAUUACGAAUAACAUUUGCGGUAAAAAUGAUAAAAGUUUCAAACCUGGUUCGCUAUCGAAAUCCUACAGUACGGAUAGAAUCGAACCAGUGAGAGAGUGGUCUUUGAAACAAAAUGCGUGCGAUGUUAAAAAACCAUUUACCGCUAGUUUGGAACGCAAAAUAAAAAAUAGCGGAAAUGUAGAGAGCUUGGUGGCUAAACGUGUUAAUCAACUUUCAGAAGCAUCCGAAUCUUCGGAAAUUUCUCGUUUGAGAAGAAGCGGAGAAAUUGGGUCCAUGCGUCAAAGAGCUCAUAGCACUAGUGGUCCAGUUGCUCCUUAUUGUAUUCGAGAUAUUGCGGCGAUUUUUGAAACUAAAGACAAUAAUAAAUAAUGAACUGUUUUUCAAUUCAGCCGUUAUGUUAAGUAUUUGAUCAAGUUUUCAGUGUUAUUUAAUUGAAUGAAUGCGCUUAUUUUUCAUGUUAGUUUAUCGCUUUUUGUAUAACUUUUUUUUUCUCUUCAAAUGUACCUUUUGUAACUGGUUUACAAAAAAGAAAUUGUUAACUACUAAAGUAAUAUUCAUUGUGCUUUUUUUAUUUGUAUAAAAUUUAAUUUUGUUGAUUUUAUUUAUAAUUUUGUUGUAAUUUACUAGAUUUUUCAUACAUUUUGUACAAUUAUUUAUAAACGUUUUCCAGCUAAUGAAUAUUUUUAAACUGUUGUAUUUAAACGAAGCUAUUAAAAUUUUUAUUUCUUCGAA